UGUGGUAUAUUUAAAACCUUGUCAUGGAAAAAUAUAAUUUUAUGUAGGACAGCUUUCAUAAUUUAUAUUUUUAGAAUAAUAUCGGAUUUUUUGUUAUUUUCAAACCGAAACUACUCGGAAUCCAACAUAACAUGGAGGUUUUACUGAAAAUCCAUUUUAACUUAACUAGAUUCAAGAGACUACAUUUGACCAAAAUUAAGGAAGUUAGCAUCGAUACUUUCAGUAUAGCCUUUCUAGACAUCUUCCUCAGAUUCAGUUACCAGUAUUUAGGAUGGCUUUCAUAUAUUUUGCGGCCACUAGGUUUAUGUUGCUUAGCAAUUAUGUUUAAUCUGCAUAGCCGUUAUCGACGAAGAAUUAUCCAAGUUUUGCUUACACUCACACAGAUUAUAUGUGCUUGGUUGCUUGAAGAAAAUGCAAUAUUUGCAAGAAAUUAUGUUUUCUACCAGCUAUUACAGAUGUGCCUUGGUUUGGCUGUUUGUUAUAUCUGUAACAUAAAUACACCACGUCGUUUGGGAGCUUAUCUGUGUUGCUUUCUAUUGGCUGGAGCGAUUCUUCAGGAUGAACCUAGAUGGCUUUUUAACACGUUUGUUAUUUUGAUUUCAGUUUUGUUGUUUAUAUUGUUGAUAACUGAAAAUAAUUGGAUAAUGUUUGCCAAUUUUCGUAAGGACACUAUAGAAGAAAGGAAUGGUUGUAGAAGAUUUAAUGAUUUUGCCUUUCAUGUAUAUUUUGUGUUAAUGUUUAUUUUGACAUUAGUUUACAAUUACUUCAAAACUGACCUAUCGGAGAUGGGGACUGGUAAUUUCAAGUCGGUUCUUUUAUCAACACUCGGUAUGUGUUGUUGUUCAAUUUUAUCAGCCAACGCUUUGGGUUCUUUGAUAAUUGAAAUCUCAAAACGAUCAUUAAAGUGUUGCUACUUCACCGUCACAGGUUUGCUUGAUAUUGAACCAGAAAAACUUAUGGAAUUGUCUUAUUUCUUUGAUGUGUAUUUAAUUUUAGCGGACAUAGUUAUAUAUAACAUGGACCCUUCUGAUCGUGGACAGCUAGUUAUUAACAGGUUACUAUUGAUUCUGACGUUUUUUAUUGGUAACUGUUUAGUCAUUAUAGAGGCAAUGACUUCCAACACAGAAAUAAUACAAGGGAAUAUGUUGACCAGCAUACGUGUUAUUUUUAUUCAUUAAUAUUUAUUUUUGUACCUGCAAUAUUUAUAUAUUUCAUAUUUUUUCAAUAUAAAAUGUACAAUUUAGGGAUCUUUUUAACGAUAUCAUGUUUUAUAACAAAUGUAAUAUGUGCAAUUUGUCUACUGUGUCUUUUUAUUGUAUUUAAAUAUGAUGCAGUUCGUCAAAAUUUCUGGGAUGGAUUUGACGACCUAGUGUUUUAUAUUCGAAUUUCUAUGGGGAUAUUUUUGAUAUUUAUUCAAAUGUGCACAGUCGUGUACUCUCUGUGGACAUUAUUCUUUGGUUUUUAUAGCUGGCUAGAGUUGUUGCUUUUAAUAGGCAUUUCUCAUACAAGCAUAUACACCAGAGGAGUAAGAUUACAACGUGUCAUAAGCCAUAAAAACAAGAUCAUGCAGUUUACCAAUAAUUUGGUUGACGCGACAACAGAUGAACUUGCUGAACAUAACGACGUUUGUUCGAUUUGUUUCCAGGAAAUGGAAGAAGCAAAGGUUACAUCAUGUGACCAUUUAUUCCAUGAAUCAUGUCUUCGGAAAUGGUUAAAUACCAGACUUAUUUGCCCAGUUUGUCAACUGCAAAUAAUUAUUUGACACGUUCCAAUCUUGUGUUAGUGUCAUACACGCUUCUAUAAACAUUUCAAAGAAUCGGGUUGUAUAAAUAAUUUUGUCAAAUAUUAACAUUGUAAUAAAUCAAAUAUUUUCAAAUUUGUCUUACUUGAUGUUAAGGAGAUUGAAUGUUCGUAUAAAACAGUUGAUUUCGAACCAAAUAGUGCAUAUGUUAAGGACGAAUACUUUGCCAUUCUAUCAUCAUGUUUUAUUAAGAGACAAAUAAAUUUACUUACUGGC